AUGCCUUCAGGUAUCCCCGCUAUCAAAUACCCGAACGUCGCUCGCCUCGCUCGGGCUAGCAUCCCUGCCUUCGACGACCCUUACGUGAUCGCAGGCCAGGGAACCAUUGAAAUAGAACUACUGCGCCAGACAAACCCGCAGAAGCUGAAAGCUGUCUUCUGUGCUGUCCGAGGAGGCGGUUUGGUUGCUGGUAUCGGUGUUUAUCUUAAGCGCAUUGCGCCACAUGUCAAGAUCAUCUGGGUGGAGUCUCAUGGCACAGAGAAUUACCGGUUGGCACGCGAAGUCGUCGAGGAGGUCGUUCAGAUUUCCACGGACGAAACGUGUGCUGCGAUCAAAGAUGCGUUCGAGGACACUCGGUCCGUCAUCCAGCCGGCAGGUGCUUUGGCCCUAGCAGGCUUCAAGAAAUAUGUCUCAUUAUAUCCCAACACUGAGUCAACCCGGGAACUGGUUGCGAUCACCUCGGGUGCCAACAUGGACUUUGAUAGACUGCGUUUCGGCUACUGUUACGCUCGAGAUUAUUCGACCGAAGUCUUUAUGGGUAUUUCUCUGUCUGCCUCCACAGGUUCGGAGGAUUUGACGGUCAUCGCCGAAUUGGGCAGGGGUGGUAAGAAGACGAAUUACCUGAGCAACGAUGAGCUCACCAAGAGACACGUACGUUUCCUGGUUGGUGGACGCUGCGAUGUGCUCGACGAGCGCUUGCUCAUGUUUGAAUUCCCGGAGCGUCCUGGUGCUCUGGCAAAGUUCCUGACCACUCUCCCGCCCAACCAGAACAUCUCCUUGUUCCACUACCGCAAUUACUGUGAAAACGUUGGAAAGGUGCUUGCUGGCAUCCAUUGUCCACCGUCGGACAAGGUUGACCUAGAGUCUUUCUUGAAAGACCUGGGCUACCCUUUCAGCGAGCACACGGCUCUUCCACUUACCACACAGUUCUUCGUUCUUAGAUCUUCUCCUUAA